ACAAAAAAAGAAACCAACAAAACGAAAAAACGAAUACGAAUACGAAAGUUAAGGCUUGCUAAAAUACAAUAUAUGUAAAACGUAGAAAGCAACGUAGUAAACGAAACUAUAUAGGAAAGUAGCAAAAAACGAAGAGAGGACGAGGACGAAACGGAGAAGAAGACAAGAGGCUAAUUCCUGGUGCGUAUAACUCCAUUAGAGGGACGAUUAGCAUAGUCAAGGACGAAACGCAACGGAGAAGUGCCAGUGCCAACGAUAAUUCAAUCAAAGAGCCGGCAAGGAAUCAUUCUCCGCCUGCUACCGCUUAGAAACUGCUUCUGCAGCUGAACGAACUGGAAAACAAACUGCGGGAGGAAAACUCCAUCACAACACUCGGAUAAAGUGGAAAACGUGUGCGUGCGCGUGUGAAAAAGUUUUGCUCUGACCCGGCCGGGUAUCUGGUAACUGCUGCACCACUCCCUCCUCCCCGGGCAUCAGCAGGGCGAGUGUUUUAAUUUGAACACUUGGCAAGUUUCCCUCUGUUCCUCCGACCAUCGUCCUUUUGCCUUGUUCAUUCGGGAAAAUGGACCGUCACCGACAUCGCCAUCGCCUCAGCAUGUGGCCCACAUUCGCCGUCUGCCUGCUGCUCCUGCAGGCAACCACAACCACGAUGGCCAUCGAUCUGAGUCGCCUCUACGGCCACAUGGCCAAUCCGGUGCAGAAGCGUAGCGAUCCCUGUCAUCCAUAUGAACCAUUUAAGUGCCCCGGCGAUGGUAAUUGCAUUUCCAUUCAAUAUUUAUGCGAUGGUGCACCCGAUUGCUCCGACGGAUACGACGAGGAUAUGCGUCUUUGUACAGCGGCCAAACGACCACCGGUGGAGGAAACGGCAUCCUUCCUGCAGAGCCUGAUUGCAUCGCAUGGACCCAACUAUUUGGAGAAGCUUUUUGGCAGCAAGGCACGUGAUGCCCUGUCACCUCUGGGCGGCGUCGACAAGGUGGCAAUCGCUUUGAGUGAAUCGCAAACGAUUGAGGACUUUGGUGCUGCCCUACGACUAAUGAGAUCCGAUUUGGAACACUUGCGCUCGGUGUUCAUGGCCGUGGAGAAUGGGGAUCUGGGUAUGCUGAAAUCGCUGGGCAUCAAGGACUCGGAGCUGGGAGAUGUGAAAUUCUUCUUGGAGAAGCUGGUGAAUACCGGCUUCCUCGACUGAGUAGCGCCAGAUCCGGCUUCUGGAUUUUAUUAUGCCCAUGCACAGCCCAUCAAUCCUAAUUUCUAUUCGUAUUUGGGUGCCCCAUAUGAUAAUUACAAUUAUUAAAUGGGAAUGCACUCACCAAAACACUCAAAAACACUCACCCAAACACUCAUUUCUAUUCAUACCACGCCAUUAGAUAUUUUCUCAAACUCUUUUUAUGCCUUUCGAUUAUAUUCUUCUCUCUUAAAUCUCGAUUUUCCUUUACUUUUUCUUUAUUGUUUUACUUUUCCAAAACACUUUUUAUAAAAAAUAACGAAA